CAUGAUGCCCAGCCUUUUCAAGCUGUCCUUAAACCCAAGCAUAGGUUUGAGCCUGUGUGUUUGAAAGUUCAACCGGCCUGGAGUUGGAACAUUAUUGCUACCAACUCCCCUCCAUUUUACAGAUGAGGAAACUGAGGCUCAGAGAGGGGAAGAAAAGUGUUGGGGCUGAUACUUGAAUGCAGAUCAGGCUUUACCCACUUCAAACUAUUAGAGGCUGCAAUUACUCCUCAGUGCCUUCCCGCCCUUUCUCCCGGGGCCGGUGCAGGAUACACGCAGUCAUUGUACCAUAAGAGCCGGGUCUUCCCCAGCAUUUGCGCAGGCAAACCCAGUCACACUUGCUGGGGAGAGCGUGAGGGAGGCAGCAGCUCCGGGCUGCAUUAACCUGCCCAUCCAUCCUGAACCCAGGCCACCGGCCCUGAUCUAUCCCACUCCUGAGGCCCGCGUGCUCCAGUCAGAGACCAGAGAAGGCGAGAGACAGCCGUCCGGCCAGCCGUCUAGCCAGCCUGCAUCUGCCCGGUGUUCCGACCAGAGAAGGCGGCCAUCCAGCCAGCUCAUAGCUGCCCCCGUGGUCUAACCAGGGACCAGAGACUCUAGGAGCCGGCCGGGCUUGCCGUCCAGUCAGCCGGGAGCUGCCGGCGUGCUCCAGCCAGAGAUCAGAGGAGUCAGGAGCCAGCCGUCCAGCCAGCUCACAGCGAAAGAGGUGCCCCUGGUACUGCCCGCUGACCAAAUGGCCUGUUCCAAGCACCAAGGUAAGCUGGACAGGGACCCGCCUGCUGUCCAAGAAGGGGAACCGGUACUGAUCUUCCAGGGGCCCAAGAUGCGCAAGGGCCAGUGUGUCCAGGUGACGGUUAGGAAGAAACAAGUUAAAUACCUUGUACGCUACCCAAGGGGUGGAGGGAACAACACAGCCUCGACGGCUGUUGUGGUCAAUCCAGAUGCACCUCCCCUGGAGCCCCCACUAGCCCCAGAGCCUGAGCCUGCCUCAAGUGGCUCGAUGGCGGAGCCCAGCAGCCCCAGCAGCAGCAGCAGCUCUAGCAGCAGCCCCAGCCCCAGCCCUAGCCGCCGCCGCCGCCGCCUCAGCAGCAGCAGCAGCUGCAGCAGCUGCAGUAGUUGCAGCAGCAGCAGUAACAGUAACAGCAGUGAUGGCAAGGGUAGCAAGAGCGGCAGUAGCAGUAGUAGCAGCAGCAGCAGCAGCAGCAACAGCAGCAGCUUAGAAAUCGCCAUGCCCCUUUGGACCCCUAGUGGGAGCAGCAGCAGCGAGGGCCCCAGAAUCAGCAGCCUGGGCCCGCAGCCCCCUGCCGCCAAGGUGAAUGCCAAAGAAGGGCCCCUCUCUGUCGUUGUAGUUGGGGAUUGGGAGUAUGAAUGGGUCCCCGAAGGCCGCGUGCUUCGCUAUUCUGCUGCCCACGUGCAGGACAGCGAUGCCGCCCUCCAGAUGGCUGCUAAGAAGGAGCAGUUGGAGGAUUGCCCAGUCACCUCCACUGGGGGCAACGACGAAGGCAAUCUAGGCAAAGGCAGCAGCAUCUGGUGGGGUACGGUGAUGCAGUGGCCCCGCAAGCGCAAACGAGGGCGGGGGUGUAAGCGGGGGCGCCGGGGAGGCUCGCUGGCAGCGGAUCCCCAAGAGGAGCACUUGAGCAGGCUGGAGGAAGUUCAAGUCCGACUCCCCAAAGCCCUGAAACCUCUGCUCGUGGAAGAUUGGGAACUGGUGACCCUCAGGAAAAAGCUCUUCACUCUUCCCGCCAAAAAGUCCGUAGCUGCCAUUUUGAUUGAGUAUGCAACCUUCCAACAAAAUUAUGGGAGUGCCACCAAGAAGCAUACAGUCAGUGAAAUGAUGGCUAGCCUCCAAGAGUACUUCGACGUGGUGCUCCGAGACCAGCUUCUCUAUGAUUUUGAAAAACCCCAGCACUCGGAGAUCCUGGCCAGCUACCCGACCAGGCUGAUGUCCCAGAUCUAUGGAGGUGCCCACCUGCUGCGCCUUUUUCCGCAGAUGGGCCCCAUGCUGGCCUGCACUCCCCUCAACGACAGCAGCCUUGAUGUUCUGCAGAACCACUUGCAAGAUUUCCUGCAGUAUUUGGCCAUGGAUCCUUCCCGGCUGUUUUCUGCUUCCACCGACUACCAGGAGGCUUCUGCUGACUACCAACAAAAAGCUGGGGGUCCUGAUAGCCAGCAGCCCCUCCUGGGCCGAAGUGCUUGAACUUGUUUUUGCUGAUGCCAGCUAUCAAGAGAGUUAGAGAUGAAAUGGGGAAUAUCAACUAUACACAGUUUACAUUAAAAAAAGAAGCAUAUAACAAAUAAAACACGGU